AUGCUGCCAGUACCGAUCAGUCGGGCGAGCGCGUCUCGCUUCCCCACCUCUCUCCAUGAUACCGUUGCAGAUCAGGCGAGCGGUAGUCGCCUCCGCGUCUCUCAUCACGAGGGUAACGAGGACCUGGAGAGCGCAGCUCCCCCCCGCUUCUCCAGUUGUGAUACCUCCGCGGAUCUGGUGAGCGCACACUUCCCCCGCGUCCACUGUCCUGGUGCCGCCGUUGCUUUGGCGAGCGGUAGCCGCCUCUGCGCCUUUCUUCCUGCAGCUGCUGCCGUCCUGGCGAGCGGUAGCCGCUUCCGUGCCUCCCGUCCUCGUGCGGGAGACGUGGAUCUGGCGAGCGCGCGCCGCCACCGCGUUCCCCGUCACGAUUCUGCCGCCGAUCUGGCAAGCGCGUACCGCCGCCACGCCCCCCCUCCCGAUACAUCCGUGGAUCUGGCGAGCGCGUGCCUCCGACGCGUCCCCCAUCACGAUUCAGCCGAGGCUCUGGCGAGCGCGCACCGCCGCCGCGUCCUCCGUCCCGAUUCAGGCGCGGAUCAGGCGAACGCGCGCCGCCGCCACGUCCCUCGUCACGCUGCUGACGCGGAUCUGGAGAGCGCGCGCCACUGCCACGCCCCCCGCCGUCACCUUUCUCUCCGUCGCGCGACAGGUCUCGAGUACCGCCCUUUCCUUCUGCCUCUGCCGUGCUCGGCUCCGCCGCCACGCCCGCCUGCGCGGGAUCGUCGUCAUCAACUCCAGCGGGCAUCUCGCGCUGCUCGCCUGCGCCUUCCUCCUGGGGUUCCUCAAGUGGAGGUGCACGACGACGUGCACGCGGCGGCGGAAAUUGAGGAGUGGGUUAACCCCAUGUACGCAACAGCUGCGGAGGAGGAGGAGGAGGAGGAGGAGGAGGAGGAGGAGGAGGAGGAGGAGGAGGAGGAGGAGGAGGAGGAGGAGGAGGAGGAGGUGGACGAGGAGGCACCUGUGGAGGAGGAGGAAGCUAUGGAGGAGGAGGACGGCGAGGACAGUGAGGAGGAGUAG